AUGAAUCGAUUAGUAUCGAUUUUGUGCCUCUUGGCCAUCAUUUCAGCAGUGAUCUGUCAACUGCCCAGAGACGAUACCAUCAAACGGAACGACUAUUCGCGAGACAUAAUGUCGUUCGGCAAACGAUCUGCUCCAGCGGAGAUGUAUGAGCGCAACAUCAUGUCGUUUGGAAAACGGCAACCCAACUACAAUCGUGACAUUAUGUCAUUCGGCAAGCGAUCCAGCGGUGAUUAUCUCAAAGAUUUCGUUGAGAAGCGGAUGCCAUCGUAUGAGCGAGAUAUUAUGUCGUUCGGAAAACGGUCCGGUUCCAACUAUGAGCGCCCAAUCAUGGCGUUCGGCAAGCGCAGAGAAGACUACGAGCGCAACAUUAUGUCGUUCGGACGACGAAAAUAA